UCUGUCCUCCUGCCUCAGCCCCCACAGGGCUGGGAUUAUAGGUGUGUCCAUCCCCUGGUCCUGCCUGUGAAUGGAUAGAGAUGGAUACACCCUCUCUGCCAUGUGUGGGGAGGGUAGGUUUAAAAAUUGUCGAUCUGCUAACAAAAACUAUAAAUCUACAAGGCCAGAGAUUUAGCUCCAUGACACUGCACCUGCCUCGCAAGCUCAAGGUCCUGAGUUUAAUCCUUGGUAGAAACACACACACACACACACAUGUAUUGUAUGCUCACAGAUAUGUAUUUUGAAUCUUCUGUUCAAUAUUUUGAGCCUUUGGUGAAUGUGAAAACCCUGACUUCCUCCUGGCCUUAGGGAAUGCAUAGUCAUCCCUGGGUAUCUGGGGGUGCUGUUCUAGGACCCCUUUCACUACUGACCAGAGUCAACAGAUGCUCCAGACCCCAUGCAGAAUGGCACAAUGUCUGUCAUGUACUUUGUCACAACACUUCACGCAGUGUACAUGCUCAAAUUCCAUUUUCUGAAAUGAUUUGCCUUCAGCAUUGCCAUCCGUGGCUGCUUGAGUCUGUGGCUGGGGAACCUCGGAAAGGCAGCUGUACCUGGUCGACUCUCCACGAGGCCCGGAAAUGCAGUCCUGUACCUCAGCUGUGUCCAGAUGUGCUUUGGGAAAUGGUGGGCUGUGCUCGGUGCCCCACAAGGGGACAUUCUUCUACCUGCUCUGAUGUGAAGAGAGGUUCAUGCCUCCGAGUGGUCCAGGCCUUCUGAGAAUUCUCCCCACCAACUUGUGAGGGGAGCAUGGUGAAGUACAGAAGCAGAGCGAGGCUUUGCAGCCGAGAUGGCUGUGUCCUCUGCCUGGCUGUGGGAGGCUGCAUUCUGGCAGCUGCUGUCCCUGUCUCAGGCGAGGCCCCCUCCCCCGCCUAAUAGAACAGCGACGCCCACUUUCCAAGGCUGGCUGUAAAUAUUCCAUGAAACCACGUAUGUAAAGGGCCUGACACAAAGAAGGGACUCUGCGCGCAUUAAGACUUCAGCCUCGUUUCUUUGUGUUUCCUCCAGAGGCCCUUUGCGGGUCGCACUCACGUUCUGAAGGGAGUGUGAGGGGUAAGUCCUGGGAUUUCCUAAACCCCGGCUCCCACAUUUGAAUUUUCUGCCUUCCCCAGAGAUGAGAGAUAUGCAGUGAGGAGCCUGUCCCGGGGGCUGGCCCACAAUGCCUAGUGGUGUUGGUCCCCUUGGCCCCUGGCAAACACAGCAGUGCCCCCUCUAGACUCGAGGUGAAACCUGGUGCUCCUUUCCCAACAGGUUUCCUGGAAAGUGCAUCCCACGAACUCCAGAGUUCUAGUACUGAGCCUGGUGCCACCGGCUUUGGCUUCUAGUCACAGCUGGGGGACCUUGGGGCGGGGCAGAGAAGUUUCUGUAUUCAGCUGCCCAGGCAGAGGAGAAUGGGGUCUCCACAGCCUAAAGAAUGAAGACUCGACAGAAUAAAGACUCAAUGUCAAUGAGGAGUGGACGGAAGAAAGAGGCCCCUGGGCCCCGGGAGGAGCUGAGAUCGAGGGGCCGGGCCUCCCCUGGAGGGGUCAGCACGUCCAGCAGCGAUGGCAAAGCCGAGAAGUCCAGGCAGACGGCCAAGAAGGCUCGAGUAGAGGAAGCUUCCACCCCGAAGGUCAGCAAGCAAGGCCGGAGUGAAGAGAUCUCAGAGAGUGAAAGUGAGGAGACCAGUGCCCCGAAAAAGACCAAAACUGAGCAGGAGCUCCCUCGGCCACAGUCCCCCUCGGACCUGGACAGUCUUGAUGGGCGGAGCCUGAAUGAUGAUGGUAGCAGUGACCCAAGGGACAUAGACCAGGACAACCGCAGCACGAGCCCCAGCAUCUACAGCCCCGGCAGCGUGGAGAACGACUCGGAUUCCUCUUCUGGCCUGUCCCAGGGCCCGGCCCGGCCCUACCACCCACCUCCACUGUUUCCUCCCUCCCCUCCGCCACCAGACAGUACCCCCAGACCGACAGAGCCUGGCUUUGAACCCCAUUCCUCUGUGCCACCCUCUGGCUAUCAUGCUCCCAUGGAGCCCCCUGCACCCCGAAUGUUCCAGGCUCCUGGGGCCCCUCCCCCUCACCCCCAGCUCUACCCUGGGGGGUCAGGCGGAGUUUUGUCUGGACCUCAAAUGGGCCCUAAAGGGGGAGGGGCUGUCUCUUCGGUGGGGGCCCCUAGUGGGGGCAAGCAGCACCCCCCACCCACUACCCCCAUUUCCAUACCCAGCUCUGGGGCCAGUGGUGCUCCCCCGACAAAGCCUCCCAGCACCCCCGUGGGUGGCGGGAACUUAGCCUCUGUGCCGCCACCAGCCACUUUCCCCCACGUGACCCCAAACCUGCCUCCGCCUCCUGCCCUGAGACCCCUCAACAAUGCCUCAGCCUCUCCUCCUGGCCUGGCUGCCCAGCCAGUCCCUGGGCAUCUGCCCUCUCCCCAUGCCAUGGGCCAGGGCAUGGGUGGACUUCCUCCCGGCCCCGAGAAGGGCCCAGCUCUGGCACCCUCACCCCACCCUUUACCUCCUGCUUCUUCCUCUGCCCCAGCGCCCCCAAUGCGGUACCCCUAUUCCUCCUCCAGCAGCAUCUCUGCAGCAGUCUCCUCCUCCAGCUCUUCUUCCUCUUCCUCUGCCUCCCAGUACCCAGCUUCCCAGGCCCUGCCCAGUUACCCGCACUCCUUCCCUCCCCCGACCAGCCUCUCGGUCUCCAAUCAGCCUCCCAAGUACACACAGCCUUCGCUCCCGUCCCAGGCCGUGUGGAGCCAGGGUCCGCCCCCACCCCCUCCCUAUAGCCGCCUCUUGGCCAACAGCAGUGCGCACCCAGGCCCCUUCCCUCCUGCUGGGGCCCAGUCCACGGGGCACCCCCAGAACCCCGCACAUCACCACCACCACCAGCAGCCGCAACCGCAACACCAUGGAGGCUCUGGGCCCCCGCCCCCGGGAGCCUACCCCCACUCUCUGGAGAGCAGCGGCUCCCACCACGCACACCCCUACGCCAUGUCUCCGUCCUUGGGGUCCCUGCGGCCCUACCCUCCGGGGCCAGCACACCUGCCUCCAGCCCACGGCCAGGUGUCCUAUAGCCAGGCGGGCCCCAGCGGCCCCCCGGUCUCCUCCUCUUCCAACUCCUCCUCUUCCUCCUCUCAAGGGUCCUACCCUUGCUCACACCCCUCCCCUUCCCAGGGUCCCCAGGCGGCGCCCUACCCCUUCCCCCCGGUGCCUCCGGUGACCACCUCCUCGGCCACCCUUUCUACGGUCAUCGCCACCGUGGCUUCCUCGCCAGCGGGCUACAAAACGGCCUCCCCCCCCGGGCCCCCCCCCCCGGCGCCCCCGGCCCGCAGCCCCUCGCCCCCUCCCAAGGUGGUGGACGUGCCCAGCCACGCUAGCCAGUCGGCCAGGUUCAACAAACACCUGGACCGCGGUUUCAACUCGUGCGCGCGCAGCGACUUGUACUUCGUGCCGCUGGAGGGAUCCAAGCUGGCCAAGAAGCGGGCAGACCUAGUGGAGAAGGUGCGGCGCGAGGCCGAGCAGCGCGCGCGCGAAGAAAAGGAGCGCGAGCGGGAGCGGGAGCGCGAGAAGGAGCGCGAGCGCGAGAAAGAGCGCGAGCUGGAACGGAGCGUGAAAUUGGCGCAGGAGGGCCGUGCUCCGGUGGAGUGCACAUCUUUGGGCCCAGUGCCCCAUCGCCCUCCUUUUGAGCCUGGCAGCGCUGUGGCCACAGUGCCCCCCUACCUGGGUCCUGACACUCCAGCCCUGCGCACUCUCAGUGAAUACGCCCGACCUCACGUCAUGUCUCCAGGCAAUCGCAACCAUCCUUUCUAUGUGCCCCUGGGGGCAGUGGACCCCGGGCUCCUUGGCUACCCGGCCCUGUACAGCAGUGACCCCGCCGCCCGGGAGAGGGAGCGGGAAGCCCGUGAGCGAGACCUCCGCGACCGUCUCAAACCGGGCUUCGAGGUGAAGCCUGGUGAGCUGGAGCCCCUGCACGGGGUCCCAGGGCCAGGCCUGGAUCCCUUCCCCCGGCACGGGGGCCUGGCUCUGCAGCCCGCGCCGCCCGGCCUGCACCCUUUCCCCUUCCACCCGAGCCUCGGGCCCCUGGAGCGAGAGCGUCUGGCGCUGGCAGCUGGGCCAGCCUUGCGGCCGGACAUGUCCUACGCUGAGCGGUUGGCGGCCGAGAGGCAGCACGCAGAAAGGGUAGCAGCCCUGGGCAGUGACCCACUGGCCCGGCUGCAGAUGCUCAACGUGACCCCGCACCACCACCAGCACUCCCACAUCCACUCGCACCUGCACCUGCACCAGCAGGACGCCAUCCACGCAGCCUCCGCCUCGGUGCACCCUCUCAUUGACCCCCUGGCCUCAGGGUCGCACCUUACCCGGAUCCCCUAUCCAGCGGGGACCCUCCCGAACCCCCUUCUUCCUCACCCUCUGCACGAGAACGAAGUUCUUCGUCACCAGCUCUUUGCUGCCCCUUACCGGGACCUGCCAGCCUCCCUCUCCGCCCCGAUGUCGGCAGCUCACCAGCUACAGGCCAUGCACGCGCAGUCAGCGGAGCUGCAGCGCUUGGCGCUGGAGCAGCAGCAGUGGCUGCACGCGCACCACCCGCUGCACAGCGUGCCGCUGCCGGCCCAUCAUCUGAAGAAGGAAAGCGACAAGCCGCUGUAG